UGCGCGGGAAAAUGAAGGGAAUGGUUUUGAGAAUGGAAUAAAAUAGAGCGGGAAUUGGAAGUGAAAUAUGAAACGUGAAACAGUAAGUGAGAUUAGGGUUAGGGUUUAUUAUUGAAAAGAAAUGGAAGAAGAUGGAAAUUCAGAGGCAGGAAUCAUAAACUUAACCGCAAAACAACAUCAAAAUCUCACAGGUCACAUCCAUCACUUACCUUGUUGCAUCAAAUACGACGGCCCUUGUGCCGUUUCACACUAUUUCAAACCUAAAUCUACAGGGAUAAAAGUGGAUGGAUUGAAUGUGGAGGAAUCUUGUUUCAGAGGAAGGAAAUUGCAAGGUGCUACCAUUUCUCUUCCGCCUGGUUAUUCUGGUUAUAUAAUUGGAAAGAAGUGCCUUCAAAAACGAAAAGCUUCUGAUUUGUCUGAACGCGACUCCAAUUAUUGGGAGAUGAAUGCCAAAUUUGAAAACUUAACUUAUUGGAAUCAUGACAGCAUGCCUUCUCAAGAUGAUACCUUUUUACGGUCCUUCCAUUGGUUAUCUGUUGCACAAGCGCUGCACAAGCCAGUAACAGCUCAAGAUUUGGCUUCUGCCACUAUUACUCUGGAGAACAAGCCUUGAAGUUCUUCAGAUUUAUCAUUCUGCAUUUGGUUAGUCAGAUGAAAGAUAUGUUAUUAACCCAGUAUCCUAAUCACAAUGUAUAUUUUUUAUUGAAAAAAUAUAUUACUAAUUAAAAUUGUUAGAAAAGAUACCUUAUUUACGAGGGGUAAAGAUUCAAAUUUGUCUGA